AGAAUGUAGUACAGUAUGGCUGAACUUUGCUGCCGAACAAAACCUUUGCGCAAAACCUUUUAUUCUGAAGAAAUCAGACAGGAAGUGUUGCCAGCAGAACGCAGACAGCAACAUCGUAGUGAGGUGGAAGCCGUGACUGAGAUGUCAGACUUGUCGUUGUAUUUAACUAAUGUCAACGUUUCACUGGGAAAAACUAUGGAAACUGAUAAGAGUCCAGGAGAGGCGACAGACUUAGAGAGGGUGGAGAUGGGAAACUCUGCGGGGAGGCAGGGGAGGGUGAAGGUUCCCCGCAGGACCAUCCACUUUGCCAGUGGAGAGACUAUGGAGGAGUACAGCACCGAUGAAGAGGAGGAAGAGGAGGAGCCUGUGAAGAAAGAAGUCAUAACUGUGGACUCGUCCAAACUGACCUGGGGUCCAUAUUUCUGGUUCCACAUGUGGAGAAUGGCCACCUCCACUGUCUCAGUGUGUGACUACAUGGGAGAGAGACUGGCCUCUCUGUUCGGCAUCACUACUCCUAAAUACCAGUAUGCUAUCGACGAGUACUACCGUAUAAAGAAAGAGGAGGAGGAGGAAGAGGAGGAGAACCAUCUGGCUGAGACGGCGGAGCGUCGGUUUGCAGAGCAGCGUAGAGGCGAGCAGGAUGGGCCUCAUCCUGCUACUGUGACGCAGCCAGAAGUGUCUGGAGCUUCCUUUGUAAACAUUAGCUUUGAGCUCGAACCUGAGCCUCCUCUCACUCCAGACACCAACAGAGUCCCUUCUCCCCUCCCCUCCUGAAAACUGACUCACAGACAAACGACUAACAUUCACACAUUUGGCAUAACCUUGAUUUACUUAGCUGUAUAGAUUAAUAAUGUUGUUAUUUUUCUAUGUUUUUAUUUUAUAAAAAGAGAUCUUAGUACACAGUGCAGGGAAAAAUGAAAAGGGCUGUGGAAGUGGCUGCACUAGACUUACCUGUGAAUGUAAAUUUGUGUAUAGUGUGAAAUCCUAUGCAAGACUGAGACGUAUCAUUUAACUAUUUGUUGACCAAACUGGGUCCGGGCUCAACUCACUUUAAAUUGACAUCAGUUGAGAAAGUGAGAUAAAUGCUGGAUUUUAAUCUGAUUGAGAAAAAGGCAUCAAUCUCAGUUUAUUUCUGAACUGAACAGAAAGUGAAUUGGCCCCAUCCCUGGGAUAAGCAGCAACAUCAACAGACACAUGCUGUGCAAUUGUUGAACCUGCUGCUGUAUAUAUGCAAGUAAGACAUUUCAUAAGUUUAGUCAAUUUUGUAAUGGCAUGGCCUGAUACUGGCACUGCCUAGCCAUUUCUGCUCUCAGUCUCUUCCUUUGCUUCCUGUCCCUGACAUCGUUGUCCACACCUGGUGUGUGUGCGUUUGCAAAGUGAAAUAGAGCUGGAUAGUUUUUGACUUCCAAGCUAUACAGGUGAGCAGGGAGUGAUGAGAACAGCAGCCAGAACCGGUGUAGCGCACUGGGAACGUCCAAUUCAGCCUGUCAUUGCUAUACUGUCAUCUCUGGAAUUUAGAAAUACAAGUAAAAGUUUAAAGGUUAUGGAGAUGAACAGAUGGCAUUGAAAUUACUCAUCUACUCAUUCACAGUAUGUAAAUGACUUACUUACUGUUUAAAAAUGUCCUCACUGGACAAACACCUGCUUAUUUAUUAACCAAUGCCAAGAUUUAACAGAAAACAGAGUCCUGAGUCCUUGAGUUUUAUCAAACCACACCUUAUAUGUUCAACAUAAUAUCCAAAUGCAAAUGACAACCCUGCUGCCUCAGUCUUUUAGUAGGCUCGAAUACUUCCUCAAGGCUACUGCACCUCCUUGCUCUUUGAACAGGGCACGUGUAAUAUGUGGACGUAUUGUGCGUGAACUUAAUUGAUCACUUACAUACAGAGCCAUGAGCCAUGGAUCACUGCUGCAGAGUCAAACUAAGGGCUGGUUAAUCCAAAAGCUAGUUUGAUUGGUAUGAUGAUCGGUUUCGUAUGUUAAUUACUAAUUUGACUACAAUCUUCGAACAUCUUGUUUCCCUCCAGAGCACAAGAUCUGCCUGCUCAGAUGUGGUGUACUGUACCAUCCAGUAGUUGUGACUAGAGCCUGACUGUAACUAUCCCUGCUAGGAUCUUGGUACAGUACUUGACUCUGUAGUGAAUCCCAGGCUUCGCUGCUGCAUGUGAAUGGGCUCACAGCUGUUAGCUACAAUUUAUCAGCCAUAGCACCACUGGUCCAUGUGCGUAGUGUAUUGAUUACAUAAUUGAGAUUUUAAGCCGGGCAAGUCAUUGUUCAAACUGACUUCAAUACUGACCUCACAGAAAUGAUCUGCUUUCUUUACUUUCUACUUGUCACAAUGUAAAAAUGUGUUUCUGUCAUGAUAUAUAUAUGACAAACAGAAACAACUUGCGUGAAGUAGUACUAAUUCUUUUCUGUUGGAGAUACCAAAAGUGCCUCUUUUUUUUUAGCCAAUGUAGAUUCAUUAAUAAUAUCAGUAUAGUUCAAAUCUUUGAAAAUCUGCUAAUGUCUUGAUGACUGAUUGGCAAGUAAAGUUGUCCACACACUGCUACCUGCUAGUACCUUCAUGUGUGUGUCGAGGGUUAAAGGGUCCUUGUGGAAAUGUUUCAUAUGAGUGUUCAGGCGUAAUGCUGAGACUGCGCUGUCAUAAGCUUCUUAUCGAUUAUUUUUAUCCACUGAUAUGGCUGUGUGGUGUGGUGACAAGCCUCAGAUCUCCUCAGAGCCGCAGCUCUUUUCAAAAUGGGCUUUAACGAUAUACUGAAAAUGAAAUCCCAACAAAUCAGACCAUAAAAUGUAUGGUAUGUUAACACAGUAGUCAAAGAAGAAUAUUGUUCAUGCUUUUUUAUGUGUAAAAAGGGCAAACAUAUGCAAAAGCUUUGGUUACUUUGACAAACUUUUAAUGAAUCUCUAUUUGCUUAUUUAUAUUUGUAUCUGUGUGUUAAUAAAACCUUUAAAGAUUCAAAA